AGCGUUUAGCUAUCAAUGGCCGCGUUGUCUCUCUGUGGCUUCACCACUUCGCUUCGCAGCUUCCGCCCCUCUCCCUUCCCAGGUACUAGGGUUCAUCCCUCUCUUCCAUUCUCCAUCACCACUCGGAACCUUUCCAGCCCAAUGAGCUCCGACACUGUUUCCGCCGAAACCAACACGCCGAGCAACGACGAUGUGUUGGUGCAGUACGUGGUGCUUCGGAGAGACUUGAUAGACACGUGGCCAUUGGGGAGCGUGGUAACACAGGGAUGCCAUGCCUCCGUCACUGCCAUUUGGUCUCAUAAAGACGACGCUCACACCCUCCAGUACUGCAGCCCUCAAAACAUAGACUCUAUGCACAAGGUAACACUUGAGGUGAAAGGAGAAACCCAAAUAUUGAACUUGGCGGAAAAGCUGUCUGCUGGUGGUAUUGAUCAUAAACUGUGGAUUGAACAGCCUGAAAAUAUUCCAACAUGCCUCGCAACGAAACCCUACCCCAAGACCGUGGUAUCAUCUUUUUUCAAAAAGUUGAAACUUUGUAAGUGAUUGUUUGUCAGUGGUUCUAUAAAUCAUAAUAAUUUCAUCCAUGUGGUUCAUCAUGUUCAAACCUGUUUUUGUUGUUUAGACUGGUUCUUUUGACAUAUACUCCUUGUACGGGUUGGAACUUUUUAUAUUGUUUCCAGUUUUGAAGCAACUUGAGAGCUAUUUGCCGA